UUUGGGGCUAGAUCACAAUGGCAUUGGCCAAGCCCUGGGGCUCAGACCUCAGACAAAUCGGGAAAUCGAUCGUGAUGGCUUCUCGGAUUCUGGCGGAGGCGUCGAAGAUGAGAUCCGCAUCGGCUAAGCGCCAAGCGCUGAACUUAACGGAUGCCGCCGCCGCUAGAAUAAGCCACCUGCUACAACAGCGGCAGCGGCCCUUCCUCAGGUUGGGCGUCAAGGCUCGUGGCUGUAACGGCUUGUCGUACACCCUCAAUUACGCAGAAGAAAAGGGGAGGUUUGACGAAUUGGUCGAGGACAAGGGUGUAAAGAUAUUAAUUGAUCCAAAGGCCCUUAUGCAUGUAAUCGGGACCAAGAUGGAUUUUGUAGAUGACAAACUCAGGUCCGAGUUCAUAUUUAUCAAUCCGAACUCGAAAGGGCAGUGUGGUUGCGGUGAAUCUUUCAUGACAACAACCAAUACUGGAGCUGCUUAAUUAGUUAAAAGUUCAGUUGAACUUGUGAUGAAUCGAGACUCUGUGAAACACUUCGUUUUCUACUUGUACUAUUCCCCACCCAAGCUUAGCAGCAAUGGUUCUUGACGAAAAUUUCAUCAGCGACAGUGGCGUAGAAUGAAAGAAGCAGGUUUGGCGUGCAUGUCUCAUUGUCUGGUGGACUUUUGCGGCCGCAGCAGCUAUACAUUGGUUGUGUCGUCCUCGCUAUUGACCCAUUUUUUUUUUUUUUUUCACAAUUACCCUUGAGAUCGUACGACACUCGCUAAUAUUGUGAUUCGUAUAGCUGGCGGAUGAACUGAAACAUGAUAAUGUAGCUGCGUGCCUGUAUGUAAAAACUACUGAAAUGAAAAAUAUUUUUGUGAAUAA